AUGUUUGGGAAUCUGUCCAGCACUGAUGCAAGGGGGAGAGCUGCAAGAGGAUCUCCAGUGUUCAAAAGGCAAUUGCCGAUGGCCUUUCCCUCCGUGAGCUUUGGAUGUCGCAGCACAUCGGGAGAAGCACGGCCUACUUGGAGGAGAUUAAGGAUGAGCAGAUCAGGCUUCCAAUUCGUGACGCAGCGUUGUCGAGGCUCGUGCCGAGCUGGUUGA